AUGGCGACAUCAGUGGCAGAUCCCGCAGCACAUCCGGGUGAUCAGCAUGAGAUUCCAGGAUACCAACCCCACACCUCCGCUCUCGAUCCCCUCAAAUCGCGGAUAACACUCCACUACGACCUUGCGUCCGACUACUAUCACCGCUUAUGGGGUCAACACAUCCACCAUGGGCUCUUUACACCCACCAUCACGACCAAGGAAGCCGCGCAAACGAAUCUCAUCGACCAUCUGCUCAAGCUCUCCGCCCUGCAACCUAAUGGCACUGUUCUAGAUGUUGGGUGUGGUCUUGGAGGUACCACUCGCUACCUCGCCAAGCACCGAGCCGCCACCGUCACUGGCAUCACCAUCAGCAGCAAGCAGGUCGAAAUCGCCCGACGAAUCACUGCUGAGGAAUGCCCACCGGCGGCCGCGGGAUCGACGAAGCCAGCUACCGAAGGGCCCUUAGCGGAGACGCCCUUCCAACCCUACGAACCCGGACAGGUCCGCUACCUCCAUCUCGACGCCGACCUACUGAGAACCACCUUCCCGCCUUCGUCGUACAACACUGUAUGGAUCUCCGAAUGCCUGUCCCACAUCCCCAACAAGCCCCUCUUCUUCGACUCAACCUUCACACUGUUGACGCCUUCCGGCACCCUCGUCCUCGCCGACUGGUUCAAAGCCCCCUCGCUCACGGCCGAGCAGAUCACAUCAGAUAUCAAGCCCAUUGAAGAUGGCAUGCUGCUCCCCGGCCUGAACACCAUGGACGAAUAUGUGCAGAUGGCCGAGACCGCCGGUCUCCGCCUCGUCGCCGGCCCGGAGGAUUUGAGUCUGGGCGUGGCCAAGACGUGGGAUAUCAGCUGGUCACUCGUCUCGAGUCCCGCAUUGUGGGCGUACGCCAUCAGCCAGGGGAGAGAUGGACUCGCUUUCCUGCAGAGCUUCCGUGCCAUGCGGAGGGGCUACGCCAAUGGGAAUUUUCGCUACGGCGUCAUGAUCUUCGAGAAGCCCACCUAG